AGUGUUUCUAUCUAAUCUUAAUAAAGUUCUAUCUAUAGUGCAGCUUACUAUGAAGCUUAUUAUGCCAGUUAAAAUGGGGAAAACGGCUCCACACUUCCUAACUGUCCAGGGGAAAUCUGUUGCUCUACUUUCUGCCUCCAUAAACACGCUCUGCUCUGCAAACACGACUCAACCCCCAAGAUCCGAAGCGUGGUGGUACACGGGACUCGGCCCCGGUGGAGGAGUACUACACAAAUGGGUGUGCUCCAGCAGCAGAGAGAGGGGGCGGAGCGAGCGGGGAGGUGAGGAGUUGAAAGCACCGUCCAACACGUGAGGCUCAUGUGACGGAGCGGAGUCUGUGUCUGUAGCUGAGAGACGUGCCUGCAGUCACAGGGUUUAUUUAACACGUAGUCAGAAAUCCACCCAGCUCUCACACAUUGCGCCGGGCGUGGAGCCUCCCUAGACAUACUACUGAGUCCCGGACCUCAGGGCGACAAAACUCCAGCUGCGCUCGACUGCAGCUCACAACAGGAAAACACACUCACACUGGAUAAGAGGAAAUAAUUUUUUCUCAUUUAUUUCUUUUAUCUUGGAAAGUUUUUGUUUUUUUUUUUCAUUUUGAAUUGCGGCUGCUGGGACAAAUUUUGGAGCUUUUUUUUUUUUUUUUUUUUUUAAAAAAAAAGCAUUUUCUUCAGGUUUUACAUUUAAUCGACAUGGAGAGGAUUACCAGCGCCCAACCACCUCCCUGUAUGCCAAAACACCCCUCUCUGGAUAUAGCUGACAUGCAAGGAGUGGAUUUUCCAAUUUAUGUGUAUAAACCCAGGAGGGGCAUGAAGCGAGAUAAUGAGAGCAAGGAGACCUACAAGUUGCCCCACCGACUUAUCGAGAAGAAGAGACGCGACAGAAUAAACGAAUGCAUUGCCCAACUGAAAGAUUUAUUGCCAGAACAUCUUAAGCUUACAACGCUGGGUCAUUUGGAGAAAGCUGUGGUGCUGGAACUCACACUCAAGCAUGUGAAAGCCCUGAGUUCUCUCCUGGAGCAGCAGCAGCAGAAAAUUAUUGCUCUACAGAAGGACCUGCAGCUUGGUGAUCAUGGAGGUGACAGCGCUGAGAGCAGUGAGGAGAUGUUCCGCUCUGGCUUUCACUUAUGCGCCAAAGAGGUUCUGCACUAUAUGGCCACCCAAGAAAGUAGCAGGGACUUGACUCCUUCGCACGUAAUCACUCACAUCCAAAAGGUAGCAGCGGAAGUCUUGCAGCAUCGAAUCAGCCUUCGGCCGGAUGAGGAUGUGGGCUCUUCUGAAAAAGUGAAGAAAUCCGCCGGACAGCCACAGAGGGCCUCUGAAGGCCCUGCUAAGAACUGCGUCCCAGUCAUUCAAAGGACUUAUCCCCACGGGACAGGGGAGCUGAGCGGUAGUGACACAGACACUGACAGUGGCUAUGGGGGAGAACAUGACAAGCGGGACCCCAAAGCCCAGUGGUCAGAAAGCCACUCGAUGGAGGGGGAGCUCAACCAUUCGGGAUCUGAGCGCAUGGCCAGUGUCAUCAAGCAGGAGGAUGAUGAGCCUCGGGCCAAGAAGCUGAGAUCGGACUCCCCGGAAGAUGAAAUUCUCUCCAGUCACACGACAGGAGUUCCUGGUAGUUACCUGAGCUUCUCCCCUAACCAGAACCCGUUUUGCCUUCCCUUCUACCUCAUCCCCCCCGCAGCAGCGGCAGCAGCAGCGUAUCUGCCCAUGCUGGAGAAAUGCUGGUACCCUGGGGGCUUGCCUGUCAUGUACCCAGGCAUGAGCGGUUCUGCAGCAGGCCUACCCCCAGAGGCACUUCCCUCGUCUCUGAUGAUGUCCAUGUCCCCGAGGGCAGGAUCUCCAGUACACCACCAGAGUCGCAUGGACUCCCCCACGUUUCACAAAGCUUUAAAGCAGGUCGCUCCCUUGAAUCUGGAAACCAAAGACUGAGCAGAUGUGUCACAAAUCGUGUCCUCUGAAUGUCGAAUGGGAUAAACGAACACGAAAGCACUGGUAUCCCAUUAAACAGCAGCUGUAGUUUGACCCAUUGUGUCCCACCUCCAUCUAUCAUGAGCUCCUGAAGUGAAAUGAGACUUUCUGUGGGGAUUCUGGCAUGGCCACGAGAAGGCUCAUGUUAGACCUUUUGCAUGGCUCUGAAAUACUGUGAGUUUUAAUACGGUCAGUUUAGAGUGCACGAGGGAGCGCGCAAGUGUUUUUCUGCAAUACCUGUCAUCUCAGCACUUAUUGUUGAAUGUCAAAGGUUAACCUAGAAUGUAAGGUGUAGACUAACCCUUCCACACACAAACACACACCCCAUUUGAAAACAUUUUGGAGCUAUUUUCUUUGCGCGCGCACACAAACACAUACGCCAGUCUGUAAUGAAUGUAAAGAUUGAACAAAAGCUCCGUCGUAGAUGCUGCUUGAAUGACUUUUAAGGAUGAUCUACUUUCAGUGUUUGUUGCUCCUGUAAAUGCAACAAACUAUUGUUUUAGACCUACCACAAAAAACAAAACAAACAAAAAAAAAUAUUGCCCCUUUAACUCCUUCAGUUAUGGCAAAGCUAAAUGAACGCAGAGUUUAGAGUUCAAAGAAUUCAGGGCGUUGUCGCCGUACGAGGUGUGUCACUCAUGUCUGUCGAUGAAUGAUGUGGCCAUACACGCUUUUAUGAUUUAAUUUGUUGCUCAUGACUGUUUGUGCAUUUUUUUUUAGGUGGAGUUCCUGUGAAGCAGUGUCUUGUAAUUAUUUCUUUUGCUUAUACUACUCGUACAUCUCUAUUUUUGAUACGUGACCCACUGAGUGUAUUUUGUAGGGAAAGGCUGAGGGAGCGAUUGGCUGUACGUUGCGACAUCGUGUACAGUAUACAUAUGGCGUCAGCCUGAUUUGCAUAUUGCCCACUGCUUUCCAGUCGAGUCCAGGCCUGUUUUUAGCUCAUGCUGUUGCCUUUACUCGUUUUAACACAGACACAAACAGUGGCAGGUGAUUCAAACAUAUUUGCUUUAAAUGUGUCUGUGGCAAAGAGAGUGAAUGUAAAGUAAAACAAAUAUAAUAGUUUUGUAUAGAAAGAGGUACUUGGGAUUUUUAUUUUGAAAUGUAAUGCAAAGGAUGUACAUAUUUUGUAUAUAAAGUAUUAUUGAUAUAUAUUAAAGUAUUAAUAAAGCUUUUCCCCCUCCCUGUGGAA